AUGGGUUAUACGAUUCUCAGGUCAGAUUACAAAACGGUUAUUUUAGAGCGCCUUUUCGCGGAAUUUGGAAAUACAAAUGCAGAUUUGUUAGCUAAUCUAAUACUCACGAAUUGUAUUUGGAAAAGCGAUAUUCUGCAAUACGUUUUGGAAAACUUUGAGCCAUCUCAAGUAACAAAUAAAUUACUUUUAUUCAGAAUUUCCAAUAAAUUCUCAGUUUCAAUGCACACAUUAAGUAUCCAUCGUUUUGUAAACAAGAUACUCGAGAUUUCAAUCAAGAUUUACUUUACAGACGAAAGUUUGCAAAACGAAAGAUUAGAAUUCGUUAUCAAAACAAUUUUAGAUACAAAAGAAGAAUAUUUAGAAUACGUACCAAAAGAAUUAAUUGAAAGAUUAAAAAUUACAGCAAUGAAGAUGAAAUAA